GGAGGGGUGGGGGUGAUUGACGGGCGGGAAGGAAGGAGGCGGUGCCGGCGCCUGGCGAUGGCGGUCGCUGAAGGGAUUUCGUCAGGUGAAACCUGAGCCGAGAAACAGGGCUGAGAGAGAGAGAGAGAGAGAAGGAAGGAAGGAAGGAAGGAGGGAAAGAGAAAAAAGAGAGAGAGAGAGAGGGAGAGAGUGGCGCAGGAGCAGAGGCUCGGACUCUUUGUUGACGAAGUUUAUCAUCAUCAUCACAACCACCAUCAUCAUCAUCAUCGGUUAAUUCAUUAACUAUUAAUAAUUAUCCUUUCGCAUCAGUCGAAACAAAACCGCCUCUCUUCCUUCUUCACUUGGGAUUUUCCACCAUCAUCACCGUCACCGUCACCAUCAUCAUCAUGUCCACCCCGGCCCGGAGGCGGCUGAUGAGAGACUUCAAAAGACUGCAAGAGGACCCCCCAGCAGGUGUGAGUGGUGCCCCUUCUGAUAACAACAUCAUGUCCUGGAAUGCAGUUAUAUUCGGUCCCGAAGGAACACCAUUUGAAGAUGGUACCUUCAAGCUGGUUAUAGAAUUCACAGAAGAAUAUCCUAAUAAACCUCCAACUGUUAGAUUUGUGUCAAAAAUGUUCCAUCCGAAUGUCUACGCUGAUGGCAGUAUAUGUUUAGAUAUCCUGCAGAAUCGCUGGAGUCCAACAUAUGAUGUUUCAUCCAUUUUAACAUCUAUUCAGUCCCUGCUCGAUGAGCCAAACCCAAACAGUCCAGCAAAUAGCCAGGCUGCACAGCUAUACCAAGAAAACAAGCGAGAAUAUGAGAAGAGGGUGUCUGCUAUCGUGGAGCAGAGCUGGAGUGACUCCUAACCUACAACAACAACAAGAAUCCUCUGCCGACUGUUUGUUGCAUUGUUACCUGAGAAUGCAAAAAAAUGAAGCGCCACAGACUGGCACAAGUCUGUAUCCAUUCUUUGCUGAUUUUAAGGAAAUUUAACCCUUUAACGUUUGUGCUGUAGGGUUCUUUUGUUGCAUGACGUGAAUUUGUAAGCAGUAUUUGGUAGAUAAACUCGUACAGUCUAUCGUGCUCUCUUUCCUUGUUUAGGCCUCAACACUGACCCGUCUUUGUGCACUUGGCCCAUUACUCGAUCGAUAACGGUCAAAGCAUCUCACUGGCAAGAGUGAGCUUGAAGUAUUGAAAGUCUGGUUUGCAUCGAGACAAAUCCUGACUUUGGGAAGUUAAAUUAAAAAAAAAGAUAUGCUUCAUAUCAUUUUUAUAAUGGUGUUCAGAUCUCGAAAAUAGCACCGGUGUAAGUGGCCAAAGCAAGUUUGAAGAUUGGAACUUUUACAACAUAGGCUCGCCCAAGAACAGGAAACCAAUCUGUUGUGGCAUUGGUUUAACAGAGUUGCUCAUUCGCAGUCAUGCAGUCCUCAGUAUAGAUUGGCAGUGGGCUGGGCUUUUCUUUCCUACACGUUUACUGGAAACCCUGGAUUGGUACCAAUGCCAGGGUGUGCUCUGCUCACAUUCUGUCCUGUAUUUUCCACUCAAAAAUGUUUUGCAUUCGAUUAACACUCAAGGGACUAUGUGCCAUCUGCCAAAUCUGGUUGGUACAAUGUGACUGGAGGCAGCUGUGGUUACAGCCAGCACUUUGUCAUGCAGAUGAGUAUUUGAGCAAUUGAAUCAAAAAGGCUUGAAUGUGUAAACCAGAUACAAAUCUGGCAAAGAGCAGGUGCUUGGAUUAUUCAGGUGCACACAGCACAGCUUCAGUAAUUAGUGGCUCAGCACUCUUCGCAUAUCUUUCAGAGAAAUAACCCCUCCUUAUGUUUGCUAUGUAUCAUUCGCGGCAGGGGUUCUAUGUAAAGCCAAGCACAACUACACUUUAGGAAUGCUGCAAACAUUUUAUUCAAUAUACUUUAUUCUUUAUUUCCCCAAUGCAUUCAUUGUUUUGCUUUGUACUUUUGUCGCCCAACAGUCGUGCUUAAACUUGUACAAGUUGAUCCUGGCAAAAACAUUUCUUCCCCCCACCCCCCCCUAUCAUUUUCAGUACUUCCCUCACCUCUCCUCAAGAUACUACUUUGUCCCAAGUGUCUAUUCUUUGUCAGUCGAGACAGGCAAAACAAAGUGAUGGAAGAGGUUUCACUAUGGGUGGAUCACAGUAUUCUAAAUCUAUCUUUUCCUGGCACCCACUCAAAUGGGCUUUAUAUUUAAAGAGUUUUAAUUUUUCUCGGUAUGGUAUUUCAAUGACUAAUGGCCUUCAUAUUGAGAAAUUAAGCUUUUUUUUAAGGAGGAACAACUAACAAUUUCAGCAAAUAUCAUCUUACCUCCCAGUAAGUUUAAUUGGAGAACCACUUAAAUCUCUUUACUAUGUUAAAGAAAUGCCCCUUUCUGUGCUUAGGAACAGAAUAUUGGAAAUGUUGUGCAUAUUUAAGUGCACAAUAGAGCCCAGUGCAAUCUUUUAAAAUUAUUUUUGCUUCAACUUUGCAAAACUUUGUACUGUAGCAAACAAAAUUCAUAUUUUAAUGAUUUUCAAAAUUGAAUCGUUCAACAUAACUUAAACUCUCAUCUCAGAUGAAUGAUGGGACAAAGUGGUUUGCCUUGUGAUCCUCUAUGAGUGUCCUCAGUGUUGCACUGUGAUCAAUUGACCACACUGGCUCUGUUGUCACUCCACUUGGUGACUGUGAGGUGAACUACCUACAGCCUUUCCUCCUCCCAGCGACACCAGGUGUCUCUUGACCCCAAAUUUAUAAUUACGAUGAGCGAAAAGGGAAUUCUGCAUCAUCCAUACUCAAGUCCUGAGCUCCCUCAGCAGCCGGAACACUUAAAAUAUGCACUUUUAUUAGUGAUGCACAGCAAAAAUAGCUACUGCUUUUUCUAUUUUGCAAAGUGUGCACUGUGUCGGGGAAACGACAGAGGUUUUGUGCUGGGACUUGCUAAGGCCUAGCAUUGCUACAAAUGACUGUAUUGAUAGGAUACUUAUACAUCAGCUCCAUUAAGUAUUUGGCAACUGCCUCUCUGGGUCACCAUUGAAAUGAUUGCAGACUAAGCCAAUAACUUAUUUAUCACAAGAAGCAAUCCGUAUUGGAACUUUGGAGAUCAGUUUACUGAUGUGUGUGAACAUUUUUUUAAAACAUGCUUUUAGUGUAAUUAACUUCAUGUGACCAUUAUACUCCUAUCAGAAUAUUAUGUUUAUCAAAGGGUUAUGUUUUGUGCUGUGUUCAGUGCACGUUAUUUCUGUUAAUGUUUGUAUGAAGAUUUUUUGGGGUUGUUUUGGAAAGGUGUAUUUUCAAAAUGAGACUCUUUAAGGUGCACCAAGCAAUCAUUUUUGUAUUCUGUGUGCAGUGCAGUGAAGAAAUCUUACCUGUUCAAGUAAUUCAAAGUGUUAUCUGUUCAUUAUCUGUUCUGCUCAAGAAAAUCUGUUCACUUAAAGCUGUAACAAUACAAAAUGUUUAUCUAGCAGAGAAAUAAUGACUGACUGUGAGUACUGACUUCUAACUGGGAGAACUUUUGACUUUUUUUUUCUUGCUUUUAUUUCCCACUAUUAGAUAAGUAUCAAAAACAAUUGAUCAAUUGACUGGUGUGUGUUUCAUUUUUAUAACGUAACACUUGUAUAGUCUUCUGAGCAGCUGCAGUUUUGUGCUGCUCCUAUGUUGUACAAUAUGUAUUAAUGCAAAACUUUUCAAUUUUUUUAAAAUAAAAGCCUUACUUUGGGAA